AGCUUUUGGUUGGACAAAUCGAGCGGAGCAAAGUGUUAUAUGCUGUCGGCGAGAGCUCUGUCGAUUGCAUGGGGCGAUACUCCCGAAUAUUGGGCGUGGAAUCGCAUUCCUGAUGCAAGGUUUGGGGAGGUUGCUGAGCUACUCGACGUGUGCUGGUUGGAGAUUGUUGGCAGGAUUGGAAGCAGCGCGCUCUCCCCGAAAACGGCAUAUGCUGCGUAUCUCGUCUUCAAAAUAGCAGACGACUGGCACGGCCUUCACUGCCCGAAGCAAGAAACCUGCGUAACUCUGGGCGGUGUCGAGUCGAAACACACAGUGUGCCUCCAACCUGAUGCUGGUACACAGCAAAUUAUGCGCGAUACGCUCCGGCCCUUUUGGCGCAGAGGACGCAAAAUGCCGCAGGAAACUAUGGAUGCUGGGGUGAUAUCUCCGCGGACGAGGAGCGACGGUUGGAUGGAGGUGGAGAUGGGGGAGUUCUACAAUGAGACCGGGGAGGACGGCGAGGUUGAGAUGAGCUUGAGGGAGAUCAGAGGACGGAACUGGAAGAAAGGGCUUAUUGUCCAAGGCAUUGAAAUAAGGGUGAAAUAA